AUGGGCACUGCUGCUCAGCAGCAGCAGCAGCAGCAGCAGCAACCUGCCCCGUCAUCAGCCUCAUCACCAGCAGCAGCAGCAGCAGCAGUAGGCCCGGCCACAGUCUGUAACGCACAUCGCAUCAUCGCCCCAGUCCCGGUGGUGCCGGUGGAAAACGGGUUUCCCUCCGCCGACAUGCCAUGUGCGCCCGGAGCCAUUGCCUCAGCAGCAACCGUCACAGCCUCCGCCACAGACCCGCCAGCAGCGAGUGGUGACGGCGGGACUCAACCGGCAAGUACCACUGACCCGGAGGCCGGUGGCGUCCACCACCACCACCCACCGAACGGGGGGUGCUCCUCCGAGCCAGCAUCAGCAAGUGGUCAGGGUCAGCACGUGGAAUGGCAUCAGCAGCCGCCGUCCGAGUCAACCAACAGCAACCGUCAGACGACCGGCGGAAGCCGACAGCAAAGGAUUGCUGGUGGAAAAGGCAAGCAUUUAACCCGCAGUCACGCCAUGCGUGAGUCAACUUCCCCGCCCCGUACGCCUACACCACGAUCUCCAUCCGAGCAGCACGGCGGCAGCAACCCGAUCGGCAGCACCAACAGCAGCAGCAGCAGUAGUCCCGGAGGCGCCACGACGACCCCCAGCGGUUGUGAUGGCGGCGUGCUCAGCAACGGACCAUCCUGUUUGCCGGACCGACCCACCGUGAACGAUGCUGGCGGUGACUCCACAGACUCGCCCCGUCUCGGCAAGCACGGUGUUCCGACCGCCAGCGGCACUGUGCCGAACGGCAAGAGUCAGCUGGACGUCGACUUCCCAAAGCUGACGCCACCGAAAACGUCCUUCAAUCCGGCCAAUGGCCAUCAUCCGGGCGCCCCGACGAAGGCCACUGGUGGGAAGAAUGGCAGUCAGCAACACGCGACGACGACGCCUGUGGCGAGUAAACCCAACAGCACCGAGCGGGGCAGUGGUGGUGAUGGCGACGACGACCAAGCACCGCAGAGUGCCAGUGACUCCAAAGGCAGCGGCCAAGAUCAACCGGACGGUGGCGGUGACAUCGGCAGUACACGGAACCGAGGCGGCAUCCCCAACCUGGUGCGCGUGUCCGGAAUGCCACCGUCGCUUGGCACCGGGACCGACGAUCCGAGCGAGGAUCUGCACGAGGGCGACAGCAAUGGAACGGGCGGUGGGACGUCUGUGGCCUCACCCGUACCGGCAGCAGCGAAUAGCAACUAUUGUGAUAACGACGGUGGCCGCCACGGUCUGCGCCACCACCACCACCAGCAGCAGCAGAGGGAGGUGAACUUUAGCGGUAGCCAUAAUGAAGACGAAGACGAAGGUCCCUCGGGUGGUGGUGGGCGGAGCGCGGCCGAUGCGGCCGGCACCCCGAUCAAUAUACAGUUCUCGCACGAAACGGAAACCCGUUACAUCCGGUGCGACAGUCCUAUGGAAGAGAGCCUUACGGGGAGGAGCAGCGGCGGCAGCAGCGGCGCCAUCAACCUGAUGGCGGCGCCGGGUGGCGGAACGUCGACUUCGCAACCGACCGCCAGCGGGUCCGGUGGCGGAAGUGGUAGCGGCAAGAAACGUAGCGGUGCUUCCGGUAAGGGAGGCGGCAGUAAGGCGGCCCGGCUAAAGCACAUGAGCGGUGGCUCAUCGUCCAGUGUCGACGGUGGCACCGGGGGCGGUGGAGUAACGAAUGCCACCGGCACCGGAAAUACCGGUGGCGGCGGCUCCGGCGGGAGCAGUGGGUAUAUGGUUUCGCGGGACAACUCAUGCGAUCAGUUCACUGACCAGAGUGGCGUCAACUUGCUGCAGUUCUUCAAGGAGACGCUCAACAAGAACUUCAAGGACCGCAACAUGCUGAUGAAGAUCGAGAAGGAGCUGCUCGCGCUGGCGAUGGACCGCAGUCGCAGCCAGAUGAAGUUUCCGCCCAUGUCUUCCUACAACCGCAUGCUGAUCCACCGGGUGGCCGCGUACUUCGGCAUGGAGCACAACGUGGACGCGACGCAGCAGUGCGUGAUCGCGGAGGUGACACCCGCCACGCGCAUCCCGGACAUCCGGUUCAAGAACCUGAUCGCGGACAGCUUCUCAGAGGAGCCGCGCAAGUCGAUACUGAAGCGCGACACGCACAGCUUCGACGAGUACCAGCGUUUCGUGGGCGGCGGAAUGGGGGGAGCCGGGAACGGUGGUGGGAGCGGGCUGCUGCACUGCCCGGACCGCGGCAUGCUCGAUCGCAAGACGAAGAGCUUCGAAGAGCGCGAGGAGGAGUACGAGAAGAGCAAACGGAGGCUUUUCAAAAACCGUGAGCACGAUUCCGAGUCCGACCAGUGGCAGUGGAUCUCCACCGACGGUGCCGGAGGUGGCGGCGCUGGUGGAGGUGGGGGCGGUGGUGGUGUCGGCACGAUACUGGCCGACCUGAGCGUCACCGCCCGUCACCAGCAGAAGUUGCAAAAUAGCCGCCUGCUGAAAGUUCAAUCAGUGUCAAUCGAAGGCCGAUCGGACGAACGGCCAUGCGUAUCGAAAUCGCACAGCUUCGGCGGCUACGGCGGCUCGUCCCAGAACGCAUCGCUGCUGCGUGGCGACUCGAUCACGUCGACCAAAAGUGCCGGUGCCAGGCUGUUCUCGAAGCAGGACUCGAACGCCAGCCAGAACACCCCGUGGAGACUGUCGCCAUCGAGCAGUGGGUCGUACCUUACUUCCAGCUACAAAACCCAGUCGAUUCGGUCCGACUCGGUGACGCCGUCACCGACCGGUUACGGUAGCGGCGACCACACGCCGGAACCGUGCGUCCCCUCGCCGUCCGCCACAUGCGGUGUCAUGUGGGCCGUCACCGAUAUGGCCAGUGUGCCCAAGGGAAGCGUGCUGAUCGAUCCACAAACGUUCCAACCGAUCGUCAACCAGGACGGCACGCUGUACCACUUCGAUCCCUCCAACCUACCGCCGGGGGCGGGAGGCCCGUGGCCACCGGGUAACGGUAAACUGUCGAAGCGCAAGUUCGAAAAGCAAAAGUCCUUCAGCAGCAAGCACAAUCUGAACAGCAGCAGCUCGUACGACAGCUCGAUCGAUGCGCCGUUCACGGGAAGGACGGUGGACUGCGGACAGCAGACGGCGAUGGCCGGGCCGGGCGAUAAUCCUAUCCCCACCCUUACGACGCCGACGACCAUCGCGGAGGAGGUGGUCAACGAGCUCGGCUGCUACGAUGCAACCGGUGCCAGCACCGGUGGCCUAAAGCUGCUCGGCACCAAAGAUAGUGCGGAGUUUGAUGAAAACUCGAGCAUCUGCGAUGAAAUCUCACAAACUACCAACGAGCUUGGCGCAUUGAAGUUACAGAAACAUCAAGCCACUAGUCCUAUGCUGCAGGCCAGCGAAUUGCAACCAGUUGAUAUGAAUGAAAUUCACUACGGUACUAAUCAGAACGACAACAGUAAUCUCCUGAAUACUGCCAACUCAACACUGCUGGUAGACGACGGUCGGUCCGCGCUGCUCGACGAGGUGGGCGAAGGAGCGCCUGAGGUGGUCGAAGGGUCGUCUUGCAUGGCACUGACACCCUCGGGGGGCGAUUGCGUGUCUGAUCAGGGGCUGAUCCAGUCGUCGGCCGUGUCCGCUGUUCAGUUGCUCCACGUCCACGAACCGGUCAGCAACAGCAGCACGCUGGAGGCAGGAGACGAGGACGACGAGGAUGAGGCGGAGGACCGCAGCGAAACCCCAACCGACGCCGGCCCAGAGGAGGUCGAAGAGGUGGACAAGAAGAACGACAUGGCCAAGGUGGCCAACGUGGUGCAGACUGUGGUUCCCCUGGCGAGCUACGCCAGCUCCACUCCGCCGAACGGCGUCGGUAGUGGCGUCGGCGGAGGCGGCGGUGGCGCUGGUGGUGGCUCAGUGGGGGCGUACACCGUCACGUACGACGGUGGAGGUAGCGGACUCCCGGGUGCUACCGUCUACGGUACGCCGGGUUUGUCUACGACGACAUAUCAGACUGCGCCGGACGGGGCCAUCUACGCGGUGCCGUCCUCCCUCGUCUACACAUAUCCCACGACGAUGGAUCCGGCAGAGAUGUCCGGUGGGUACUUCGUGCCAGUGUACGACCCACAGCAGCGUGACACCGCCAGUCUCUGCUCGACACCGGGUGCCUCUCUCUACACCGCUCCGGCCGGUGCCACCUCGACAGUAUUACACCCGAUCGCGUACACACCGACGGCGGUGGCCACGGCUGCAGCCGCCGCGGCCGCUGCUUACGGCGGGGCGCCUCUCUACCAGAACCCGCUCAUGUACUCGUCGGACCAGUUCCCAACUGCACAGGCCGCGGCGGCCGCCCAGUUAUCGCAGUAUCCAAUCAGCUAUCCGAUCGGCAUCGGAUAUCCGUUCAAUGGUGCCACGUACCAGAAUUACUGGAACCAGCCAAUCACUUACUACGUUCCUCAGACGCCCGUACCGUCGACGGCCGUCGGCAGUGCGUCGAUCCUGAUGCCGCCUCCGAUCGCACAAACCCCAACGAACGGUGGUGGUGGUAUCAUAACGUCUGCCGCGUCCGCCACGUCCGGCUCAUCGUCGGCAGUGGCCGGUGGUGGUACGAUGUCCGGCAAGCGCAACACAACGCCACCGAACAAUCACAUCGGGGGCCAGUCGCACGGAGCUCCGCAUCCACCGCCGACGCAAUCGAACCAUAGUGCAUCGGUGACGCCCGUGCCGAUCUCCCCGUUUGCCUCCAGUGUUCCCGUGCCACUGCCCGAUCCGUCGUCGGCGGGGGCCACCCCGAUGUACGCCGCUUUUCCGCAGCCCCUCUACCCCAACAUGCUUCCAUUCGCCAGCCCGAUGCCAGCGCAUCCUCACUCGACGGCGGGUGCAACGGCCGCAACGGCCGUCAACUCAAUGCUUCCCACUGCCGCGCCAUUCCAUCCUCACGCACAGCAAGCGCAGCAACAGCUGCCUCCCCAGGCUCACCAUCAUCACCAUCAUCACCAGCAGCAGCAGCAGCAGCCGCAGCUGUCGCAUCAUCAUCACAGUCACCACCAUCCUCAUCCGCACGGUGGCGGCGUCGGUGCACAGGAUCCGGUAGUGGGUCCAGGGGCUCACUAUUCCAGCGCGAAUGGACCGAGUGUCGCGGGUGGAGGAAGCAACAGCAGCAGCAGUAGCACCAGCAGCAGCAACGGUAGCAGCACCGGGAGCCACGGCAGCAACAAUAAUGGUGCACCGAAUGCGCCGACCCCGCAGUCGACUCCCAGCACACCGCUGUCGCUGCCAAUGUCCGCUCCAACGCACCAUGGCGGCAAGGGUGGAAUGCCACUGUUUCCCACGCCUCCCAUGGUACCGCAUGGCGGUGGGGCGACCGGUUACGUGGCGGCGGCCACUGGCCACCAUCACCACUACGGGGGCCCCACGACGGUGACGGAGGAACGCAAAAAUGGCCCCGGUGGCGGCUACCAGGGCAAGGGACGGCUACCGAACACAGCCGGUGGGUCCGGUGGCAGUUACUUCAAUUACAGUAACCCCUCCGGGACCACUGUCCGUCAGAUGACUCCGAAUGGGCCGACCGGCGGUGGCGGCGGCACAGGUGGCUCUUUUGCCGGGCCGGGAAAAACGGGUGGAAGCUUUCCGGCCAACACAGGGAACAAUGGCGGUGGACCGACGGUUGGUGGAGGUCCUCUGAUACUGGGGCCACCGCCGCCGGGCAAGAGUAACCGGCACGAGGGCAGCUCCUCGAGCAAACCGCCCCUGAUUCCAACGCUCCCGACCAUGGUGGCCACCGGCGCGGUAGUCGGUCCACCGACCGCCAACGGUGGUGGAAUGGGUGGCGACAAGUCCCGACUGAACCGUUCCUCCAAGCCGCCAAAUCUCGAUCUGAAGCGCGGUGGCUUUGGCACGACGAACAGCUAUCACGUGGUCAACAGCCGCAACACGCCGAGCACGAACUCGAACGAAAGUAACGGAUCGCCGAACAGUAUUACGUCGUCGUCCAUGCACGAGCACGGUCACCAGGGACCGUUACAGGGACCACCGUCCACGCAUCAUUCAGCCGGCCAUCACCAUCACGGAGCAGCACCGAACCAUCCGUCGACGCCGACUUCCCACGUUGGCGGCGGACACCAUGGAGGACAGUCGAUGGCACACGGCGCUCCCCAGCAGCACCAUCACAAUCCGCAGCAGCAUCAGCAACAACACCACCACCACAAUGCUCACGGAAACAAUGUCGGCAAUCAGCAGCACCUACAAUCAGGCGGGGCGCAACAGCACCAUCACCACCACGGUGGCGGCGGUGGUGGAGGGACGACACACUACUAUACCCACGGGCCCGGUGGCCAAUCGCUGGGCGGGGUCGGAGGGCCACACGGGCAGGCUUCGUACUAUGCCACCGGCGGUGGCCACUCGCAGCGUGGCGGAAGCGUUGGAAGCAAUAGCGGCAGCAGUGGUGGCGGGGCUAACACCGGUGGCAAUGGAGGCCACGCGGCGCACCAUCCACACGCCAUGGCAGCGACGGCCACCGUCAUGCACAAUUCGGCCGUUGCCGCAGCGGCGGCCGCCGCCGUCGAACCGUACCAUCAGCAGCUGAUUCCGAUCAACGCUGCCGCGGCCGGGAUGUCCUACGUCAAGAUCGGCCAGGCCUACUUUCCCUCGCUCGCGCUGCCGCAAAGUCGCCGAUCGCCUCCGAACGAGAUACGUCCUCUAGCCGGUGUGUACCCCACGAUGAACAUGGUUAUGCCAGCGUCACGUCAGUUCACACCACGACCACAGCACAACAGUGGGUACAGUGGCCAUAAGGCAACCAAAACUCUCCGGUAAAUCAUCGCCAAUUGCGGAGUGCGUGCUUGUGCCGCACCAGCCGGAGGAAGUGAGACGGUAGUUAACGAUAGGGCAGUAGUCCACUGUCCACCGGCGUACACAUAGGCAACGUGAAUGCAAAUCCCCACUAACCGUAACCCCUAACCAGAACCGUUCGUAGUACCCAACAAUUCUAGACAACAACACGUACACACAAAUACAAACGGAAACAAAAAUGAAACUAAGCAACAAGCAAAAAAAAACUAUGAUUAUAAUGUGAUCUGAAAGCAUCGGGAGGAGCUUGGUGCAAAUGUCCGGCAACGUGAAUCUAUCUGCAGAGUAUAACCAGUGAACCAGGCAACGUGAAUCUAUUCAGCAAAACAUCUCUCCUGUGCUCUGUGGGUGCCGAUGCCUCCAGUACUGAUCGACCGAGCCUCGCUACGGACGCGACGUUUAGAAAACGUUUUUAAAACAAAAUAGAUAAAACUAAACGCAACCGCGCAACAGCCACCACAACACCGCAAGCAACAGUGGGAACUGGAACGGGGAUCUACCAUACCGGAACAAAAAGGACACUGUUACAACCCAACGUGUGACCCAACUCCUGUUGUCUUCGGGACACCAAAAGAAUGAGAUAUUUAUCGCGAACGCGAAGCGGGGUGCUACAGAGCUACACUUAACACAUGAAUGUGUUGGGUCGAUCGUUAAAAUUCGAUGAAAAGGAAUUGCGCGGCGUGGCGAACGUUAUUAGAUGCAUGUCAGUGCGCGAGAGGACGACGAUGUGCAGGGAAUGUCCGCUGCCGCAAUGUUUUCUUUAGUUGCCGUUUUCAAAAAUUAAUGUUUAUCGUUCGCUCCUGAUUGCUGUUACGAUGAACGUUUUACCGCUGCUCGCUUACGAUCCAUUGUUUCGUUAUAUUAUUACGAAUGCCGCCAAACCGUGCACACGUCCGCACGGGUGAAGUAAUCGAAGGCAUCGCACCGGCCGCGGGGGUUCACUGUUCCGUAGCGUGUGAUUGUUCCGUUAAAGGGAUGGAAUUUUGCUUAGAGCAAAGCCGCACACAGAAGGCUUCUUCUCUUCAAUUUUGCCCACAAAAUUUGUUCUCCGAGGACGAGAACACAAACAAAUCCGAUCGCUGUUUGUGAUAGAUACGGCCAAAAGCCAUCGAACCAGGGGUCGAUGUAGGGUGUAGCGUGAUUACCAGAGGGAUGGCGCGGGGAAGGAAUGUAAACAAAUCACAGUGUUAAAAGGCAUUACUACUAAAACAAACGAUGGCUAUGAAUGGUUCGAAUUUGUGAUUAGCCAAUGAUGGUGGUCCAAUGUGUGUGUGUGCGUGUGAAUGAGUGUGUGUGUGUGGGCUGCGAUCCUACGACCACGGUAAAUAUUAGCAGGCACCGCUACGAUGUACUGAUCCUCUGCAAUCCGAAUAUUAGAAUUUCCAAACCAAAUCAACGUCAAAUCAAUCGAUAUCUUUUACAAUGAGGCCGCAUAAACAAUUCCGAUUUUCAGCACUUUUUAGACACUAUUCGGUUGACGUUCAUCAAGUCAUUUUAACCAAUGCAAUCUUGAGGACGUCUAAGACCAUACUCUCUAAGCCGAGACUCCCUACCCCGCAAAUUAUCCGCAGAUUUUGUUACUUUGCCACCAUACGUUUAUUUCAUGCGAGGACAUUAAGAGUUACGUAGGCACCUUUUCGUGAAGACAACAACCCGCGACAGGAUUGGUGUGGAAACUGUGGUGCUGUUCCUUGUAUAUCCAUGAGACAGUGGUCUAGGGCCAGUUUCUGUGUGCAUAGAAAAGACAACAGUAGGUAUCCCCGGAAUGGACCGUUCAUAGUAGAACACCUAUUUACUUUACAGUGCCGAUCAACCACUAACCACAAUGAGAAAGCAUUUUUCUUAUAACAAUCAACCGAACAAACCAUGGAUUACUAUAUUUAAACCGAACGAAACCGAGUAAGAGUAACACAUAACUAGCUGUACCCGAAACGGCUAACACUGUAGUACCUUAGACACAAACCAUACUUCUAUAUUGUAAAGUACGUUCAUAUAAACCUUCCUUCAUGUCAGUGGCAUAAUGAAUUCGAAUGAAUUCUUGUUGUUCAGACGUCGACGACAUUGCAAACUCUUUCUUAUUAGUCACAGUUUUCGGUCAAUAGUGCUUACUUUAAAGUCAAAAAUAAAUUUUCACUUCUCCUUGGGUUCAAACAUGCAUGGCUUGGGAAUCGGAUUCUGCUUGAUGGCUUCUCACAGCAAUGAGUGGAAGGCAGAGCUUCGCCAUUCGCCCCAUCCGAUCCAAUGUUCAGCCCAGCAUGCAGAUCUUCUUGUUGAAGUACAAAAAGGUACUUCGUUCACUUCUCAUCUAUCUUCAGUGUUGCGCACGGUGCAAAAAGAAGCGAAGGAAAACUUCUGAUAACGUGGUACAAAAUGUUGAUGCUUUUGAAAUAAACUUGGUGGUGGGUGCUUGAGUUGUGACUUGGGCAAAAAAGAGGUCAAAGCGGUACCUCAGCAAGGAACAACUAAUAAUGGAUCUUCGAACAAGAUUUCAUCGCAAACUAAAGCACAAAGAGGGUAAAUCACCAAACUACCCGUUGGUUGUGGCAGCGUUAUCGUUCUAGUCACAUACUACCAUGGACUCGGUGAUACUGUAAAACAUCACCAAAAUCGUAAUUUUAAAAUCUUAUUAUUUUACGCAACUGUUUACUGAAACAAAGUUUUUUUUUGUUUAUAAAUGUAUGAAGUUUGCUGAGCAAAGUAGUGCGAUAUUGAAUAAGUUUAUGAAUUCUGCCAAAGGGAAUAACAAACCGCAUCUCUCGUAUCUUACCAUCUGCUGAAUGAUUACUACUACUACACCAAACCAUAUGAAAAUACAGUUGCCAUUUUAUUGAAGGAAUUCCUGAAGAAAAUAACCCGGUAACCAACAUCGGAGCACAUGUUGAACACGGUUGUUUGUUUAGGAACAACGCUGUAUGCAUGAGCAGACCAAAGCGCCGCCAUCAGAAGGAACGAACAGAAUAACAAAAGAGACGAAGAACAACAAAAAAAGAUAACAGGAAGAGAGAACAGCAUAUUAGAAACGCCUACAAAAGAAUAUCCAGAAAAUACAUGAAUAUCGAAAAAAGAAAUAACAAACACAGGAUAAAUGAGAUAAUACAGCUACGAACAGAGUUUGAAGGAAGUGAAUGAGUUAAACAUGCAGACACACAAAACAAAACUAAAAACGAAACGGUUGAUUAAAUGUGUUAUUAUAUAUACGAAAGAUUGUAUUUAUUUUAGUUUAUAUACACUGGGAAAGUGAGAAGGACAGAGACAGUAGUAGUAGAGAGUCAGAAGGAUAGUAAGAAAGAGAGUGGAAAAGAGAAAGAGAGAGGGGGAGAGAAGCAGCGCAUGAUAAUAACGAAUAAAUUGGGGUGAAAGUGAAAAUGCGAGUGAAAAACCCGAUAAAACAAAAAAAAUAAUUAUAAGAAAAUGCAAGUAAAACGGGCUGCAGAGACAAAGGAAGAAACUAUUUCCAGAAGAAUGAAAACAUUAAAGAAUGAAACAACAAAAAGUA